AUGAACCAGAUACGUGCCAUCCAAGCGCUAAACAAACGCGAGAUUGAGAAUGGGGUAUCGCCAGAAGCCUCCUGGCACACCGACUACCGCGACACCGCCUUUGUCAACUUUGGUGGUCUGCCGUACGAAUUGUCGGAGGGUGACAUCAUCACGAUAUUCUCGCAGUACGGAGAGCCCGUCUUCCUAAAGCUCGCGCGGGACAAGGAAACGGGCAAGAGCAAAGGAUUCGGCUGGCUAAAGUACGAGGAUCAGCGCAGUACCGACUUAGCCGUGGACAACUUAGGAGGCGCCGAGAUUAACGGCCGCCUAGUCAGGGUCGACCACGCCCGAUACAAGGCCCGCGACGAUGAGGACCCCGAGGAGUUUAAAGUUGGUUGGGAAGACAUCAUGCGCCGCGAGAAGGCCGCUAAGGGUGAGGAUGUAGAUAUGGAAGACGCUAGUGAGGAAGAGGAAGAAGAGAGACGCCCGAUGAUCAAAGAGGAGAUAGAACUAGCGAAGCUUAUCGAAGAGCACGAUGAGGAUGACCCUAUGAAGGGCUUCUUGAUCGAGGAGAAGAAGAAAGAAGUCGAAUUGGCACUAAAAAGGGAGAGCGGGCGUAAGAGGGGAAAGGAUAGGAAAGAUAAACAUCGGCAUCACCACCAUUCCCAUAGAUCUAAAAGAGAUGAUAGGGACACCGAGGAGCGCGAUCGCCAUAGGAGAUCUAGACGGGAUGAAACACCAGUUGCAAAAGGUAGUCGAGAACGGGAUGAGACACCAAGACGAAGGAAUGAUUCUAGAGAUCGCGAGCGGAAAAGACGGGACGACGACCGCGAUCGCGAUCGACGCCAUGAUAAGGAACGAAGAGACCGAGACAAUAAGGGCAAAAAUGACAAGGACAGGCGUGAGAAGCAUUCCCGUCGCUACGAUGACGAGGAUAGGGAUAAGGACCGAGAAGGUAAAAGUAGACGAAGUAGAAGCAGGUCUCCACGUUUGUAUAGAGAUUGA